AUGGCAAUCGGCGCAGCUAAGAGACACGAGGACCCGAAUCAGUCCACACACACCAAACCCACCACCCAACAACCCAAACAAAACCAUCUAUUUGAUCACCUUGUUGGUUCGUGGUGCAAAAAAACAAAGACCGGCGGGAUGGGUUGGAUCCUCCUCGACGGAGCCGGAUCGGAAGUAUCACGGGGCCAUGCGACCGAACGCCGAAUCACAUCGGCCCUGAUGGCGGAAGCUCUGGCCAUCCGAUCGGCCCUAAACCACGCUCUAGAAUUGGGGAUCACUGACCUCCAAAUUAACUCAGACGCUCUGGAUCUCAUCCGAGUCAUAUCAACGCAGGAGCAACUCAAGGAAAUCUAUGAGAUUCUCUUUGACAUCCAUGCUCUUGCCUCUAUGUUCUCUUCAAUCUCCUUUUCUUACAUUCCCAGAUCUGAGAAUAAGAUUGCGGAUGAAAUUGCAAAGAGCGCAAACAGACUCAUCUCGAUUAUCGGUUUGGUUUUUGAGAACGAGAUUGUAACCGGUUAA